GUUUUAUCCGCUAAAGGAACUGAAAGGCUGUCCCUAGCAAGUCUGUCUUCAAUCAGCGCACAUUACAGUGUAUCAAGCUUUUAUUUUCCCCAAAGGUUUAAACAUAUUCUUCAGAAAACGAUAAGCGAGCCUGUCUUAAAAUUUCUUGGCGGCAACCGGAAUUUUCAAGAGCUAGCAAUACUAACGAAUUUUGGCGGGCUAAAACUUCAUUCUAAGGUUAACAGAAAAGGUGAGUUAAUAUAAAAAUAGGAUUUCUCAGAUGAGAAAGAGAGGCAGCAAAUGUUGUGGUGUUAGGUGUAUUUUCUAUGCUGCCAAAUGGUUCGCUUCUUUCACAUAUCUAAUUUAUUUAUUUAUUUUUUUCUGUUUUUUUUACAGCAAAAGCAGCAUUACUUCAAGUCCGUUGAAUAUUACUGGUCUAAAAAGAAUUUUUCAAAAUGUGGACGACAAUUUCGAGCUACAUUUGGGGCGAAGCAGAUGAACAAAUUGUCCCAGGUUGUUCUGUAGACGACACCCAAAGCGAUGACGACUGGAUUUUGGUGGACCUUCUGGAAAAGAAAAUUAGCGGUAAAAAAGCUUCCUGUUUUCAGUGCUAACUUUUGCAAAUAUGUAAUCGAAUUUCUCCAGCAGGAAGUGCAAGGCCCCAGCUAGAGCAAUUUUUCCUUUGGUACAUAAAAAUUAAUUUGGGAAAUCGAUCGAUGUGCACGUAUUUCGUCACGAACUAAGUGCAUACUAUCUGGGUUGCGCCACAGUUACAUAAUAUUUUGUAAUUUGCGCCAAAUACUUUUCUUAUCUUACAGAAUCGUUGAGUUAAUAUAUUUCUUUUAGCAGGGGAUGGAAAGGAGGCUUCGAAGCUUAAGUGCCAAAUUGAGUUGGAAGAAAGCUGGUAUGUUACCCCACCGCCGUGUUUUGAAGCGAGCGGGCUUUCCCCCGAAGCUUUGGAGUCGAGCCCGAUGGAAGAUUUGUUGAUAGAGCAUCCGAGUAUGUCUGUGUACGGGGCAGGUGUUAGGCAGCCGUCUCCUUCUGUUUCCUCGGCUUCCAGAAGCUCAAGCGCCCAGAGGACCGAGGAACGAGGCGAGGUAGAAAGACGAGAGCCGCGGCGAACCGUCCAAUUUCAAGCGCAGCUCGAAAUGAUUGAGAAGAGGAGGCAAACCGAACCGCCGAAACAGGGAAGCAUUCGACCGAACAGAAAGAACUUAAAAAAACAGAACAUGGUUCAUUUUCAAAACAAUUCUAGAAGUAAGCGAAAUAAGAAGCGUAAUAGAAUGUUAGGAAAACAUAUAGGAGUUCACGGCAAAAGAGGUUGCUGACCUUCGCUGUAAAAUAAUUGAAAUUCGAGGGCUAGGGCGACGCUACGGGAUUAUACAGUGAGGUCUAAGUCCAAUAUGUAAAUAUUUAAACCUUUCUUAUUUAUAUUAUUGCAGAGGUUAGAACUAGUUUUGCCGUGUGUGUCUUUCUUUUUUCCAAAGUAGUACUUUCUCCUUGUUAAAGGAGGAUUCUAACUUAACGUGAUCCUUGCAGCCAAAUACAGGGUUCAAUUUCUUAGAUAGCAUGAGGAGAGAACAUCUUCCAGCUAUGCAACUUAAUUUAUGUACUAUGAUAUAUAUUCUUAGAAGACUAUUGUAAAUUGUCGAUUUUAUUUUUCCUAUAAGAGAAAAAGACAAAAAAAGUAUAAAACAAUUUUUAAAAUUUAAGAGGAAAAGAAAUCAAAUUUCAUGACAUGACUCAUACAUUGUGAAUGAAUAGAAC